GUUCAACUCUCCACCACUGUCAAUCCACUGUCAAUACCAUUUCAUAUAUUCGGUGCCUACUGUAUUCUGUUCAAGACCCCGAAAACAAUGCGUUCAGUGAAAUGGAUUAUGUUGAACUUUCAUAUUUGGUGCAUGAUUCUAGAUUAUUCGGUUUCUAUACUAACAGUACCAUAUAUUUUGUUUCCUGUGAUGGGUGGAUAUCCAUUAGGGUUAUUGAGAGAUUUAGGAGUGCAUCCACCAAUUCAAGUGUAUUUUAUAAUGAUUUUAUUGACUGAAAUAGUUGUCACAAUUAUCACAAUAUUCGAAAACCGAUUCUUCCAAGUUUUUGCUGCUAAUUCUACAUGGCGUCAUUUCCGCAUACCAUUUCUAUUCAAUUAUAUUUUUGCAUCACUCUGGCCUCUCCCAAGUUUUCUACACAUUCCUGAUCAAAAUCUCUAUCUACAGCGUUGCCACAAGCAAUGGAGAAACUAUCAAAUCUGCCAGAAUAUGUACGGGAAGAAUCCAUUUAUAUAGUGGCUAUUGAUCACCGGGUUUUAGUCUAUCCAACAGUAGCUGCUGCAGUAUUCCUUGGUAGUGAAGCUUAUCUGUUCACUAUUAAAAUAUCAUUGUGCAUGCGAAAUGCAAUGAAAACAACCAAAUUUUCGCAGGUCACUCUAAAUUUACAAAAAAAGUUUCUAGGAGCAAUCUAUAUCCAGGCAGCAGUUCUCCUCCUGAUCGUUCAAUUACCAGCAAUUUACAUAUGUAUCUCUGUAUUGUUUGACAUCUACUGUCAGACGGCCAACAAUUUUUGCUUUAUUACAUUUGCAAUACAUGGCCCAGUUUCCACAAUUGUAAUGUUAUAUACACACAAGCCUUAUCGGGAUUACUGUAUUCAUUGUUUUAUAAAUAUGAAAUGUUGGAUUCUCUGCUCACCAGAAAGAGAAAGUAGUUGGAAGAUAACUCCUUCGCUAGCUGUGUAA